AUGCCUCGAGCUCCGCCUCCGAUCAUGGUGGUCAUCUCUGCCGUUGCACUAUUUGUCUGGUACGUUGUCUGGACAAGCAGCCAUGAACGAUCUAUGACGGCUCUAUCACACGCCGAUCGAUUCAAACCUUUGUUUCCGACGCAGGACAUCCCCGUGGCGAGUCCGCAGGUGGUGGCCGGAGAGCCUGUGAUGGGCAAGCUAGGAAACGAAACCCUCAAGGCCGAGUUGGGACGAGCAGCAUGGAAGGUUCUUCACACCACCAUGGCACGGUUCCCAGACAAGCCCACACAGGAGGAGAGCGAUGCGCUCAAAAGUUACCUCUAUCUGUUCGCUCGCCUUUAUCCUUGCGGCGAGUGCGCCGAGCACUUCCAACAGAUCCUCAAGAAGUACCCGCCUCAAACGUCUUCACGAUCGAGUGCCGCGGCAUGGGCAUGUUUCGUGCAUAAUCUGGUCAACGAAAGAAAGGGCAAACCCAUAUUCGAUUGCGCCAACAUUGGAGAUUUCUAUGAUUGCGGGUGCGCCGAUGACGCAAAGGAAGCCAUGGCUGUUGCGGGGGCCCAAAGCAGCAGCAUCGCCCAAGGGAACCCUAUAAGGCAUGAAUUGGUGGAAAUUGAGGUCGAAGGCCCGACCAGAGGAGGAUGA